UGGGUGGGAUUUUGUGAGAGGCGUUGCCGCAUAUCUAGACUUUUUAUCCUUGCACCCAAGCUGGACUUCAUACAUACGCAUUUACUGCCAUACUGUAACCACCUUGGUGAACAACUGUAAUUUUCAAUAUGGCCAACUACAUCCAUGUACCUGACGAGGCUCCCGCCGUACCCAAAAUAGAUGUAACAUUAGACGAAAAUGAUUAUAGGUCUGGCGCAUUGAGACUCGUCAAAGAACUGAGACCGAAUUGGAAACCAUCUGAGGUCAAGAUGAAGUUUUUCACAGAUGGGAUAACCAAUAAGCUGCUAGGUUGUUACGUUGGGGCGACCAUGAAGGACGUGGUUCUGGUUCGUAUCUACGGUAACAAGACAGAGCUGUUUGUGGACCGGGAAAACGAGGUGAAGAGUUUCCGGGUGCUGCAUGAGAACCGCUGCGCUCCACACCUGUACUGCACCUUCAACAACGGCCUUUGCUACGAGUUCCUCCAAGGCACUGCACUAGAGCCAGAACACAUUCGCAGCAUGCCCAUGUUCAGGCUCAUCGCCAGGCAGCUGGCUAAGUACCACGCCAUCCAUGCUCACAACGGCUGGGUGCCCCAGUCCGACCUGUGGCUGAAGAUGGGCAAGUACUUCGCCCUGGUGCCCAAGCACUUCCAGGACCCUGAAAUGAACAUGAGGCUGAGUGUGGAGGUGCCCAGCUCCAGGUGUUUGAGGCAGGAGAUGGUGGAGCUACAGCAGAGCCUGUCCAUGCUGGGUUCACCUGUGGUGCUCUGCCACAACGACCUGCUGUGUAAGAACAUCAUCUUCAACCAGGACGGAGGCAGUGUAAAGUUCAUAGACUACGAGUAUGCAGGGUACAAUUACCAAGCCUACGACAUUGGGAACCACUUCAAUGAGUUUGCAGGUCUGAACGAGGUGGACUAUAGUCAUUACCCGGGCCGCAGCCUGCAGCUGGACUGGCUGCGGUCCUACCUGGAGGCCUAUAAGGAAUACAAGGGCCAGGGCAGCCAGGUGACGGACAGAGAGGUGGAGGUGCUCUACGUACAGGUCAAUCGCUUUUCACUGGCAUCUCAUUUCUUCUGGGGUCUCUGGGCUCUGAUUCAGGCCAAGUUCUCAACCAUUGACUUUGACUUCAUGGGAUACGCAGUCCUUCGCUUCAACCAGUACUUUAAGAUGAAGCCAGAGGUGGCUGCUCUAAAAUUCCCAGAAUAAAAGUCCUACUUCCUGCCCGGUCCUCAUAUGUUAACUGUAGAGCUCCCCCUAGGGGCCAGAAAGAUGAGCCAGAGAACCUGUGCAGACCAAUCUAUCACCUCCUAGACCCUGACUACACUCCAGGCCAGGCAAGGAAAACCCUUGACCCUCCCCCAGCCCCACCCUCACCCCCAAGCCUUUCCUAUUAACACUUUAACUGUGUUUACCCACCUGAGACUGAAUUAGAAACCAGACACUAUCCAACAUACUGCUCCCAACCAGAACAGAUCCAUCCACACCUUUUUAAGUAGUUUUCUAGCCACAGAAUGACCAGAUAUAGUAUUCAAUGAUAGCAGCCAAACACUAUGGCUUGUUUGUUUAUAACAAGCAGGCAGGGCACAUGACCAUGGAUAAUAAGGUUAGUCUAGUGUAAUGUUAGCCCAGUGUUGCGUUCCCAGCCUACAGCCAUAGGGCAAACAUGGACCAAUUCAGCUGUGUAACGAAUCAAGUGUCUCUUGUCAAAAAGGAAUGUUUUAGAGAAAGACAACCUCUAGUGUUCUGGAGUUGUAAUAGAUAAGGAGGAUCGAUUAGGUUCAAGGAUCUUGUUUUUUUUUUUUAUGUUUUAGGCUAUUGGUUUUAUGUUCUAGGUUCUAUGCUUGAGGCUCCAUAUGAGGUUUGAUGCUCCAGGUUCCUGACUGAUGGGUUACACCAAGGAUUUAUGUAGGUUUACGUCCCUUCCUACUGAGACAAGGCAUCACUUCUCCCUAAUAUGGGCCAGUCACUGGGUCAAAUGUCUCAGUAUCAGCACCACACCUCAUGGUGCUGUGAAGCCUUCAGUGGGGCCACAGUCACGCCUCCCCCUCCACUGCUACAUAGACCCAGUCUGAUCAGGCGCUGAAGUACAGAGCUGAAGUUCUUAUCCUUCACCGACAGGGCUUGUAGUCCAGGUUAAGAUUGGGUUCAUUCGGGGACAGCGUAUGAGACAUCGUAUCAGUCGAAUUAGGGGACCAACAAACACUAUUUUCUCUGACGAGUGUUACUGUAGACAACAAGUCAAAGGCUUGUCUCCUUCUAUUUGUUUGUUUUUACAACAGUGCUUGGUUGAAGACUUUCUUUACCAGAGGAACGUUCAUCUAUUUGGUUAACUAACCAACACCAGAGUGCUGAAAUGUUUUUGCUGUAUAUAAUGCACGUGUAUUUUUCCACUUAGACACGCGGAAUAAAUAAUGUAUAAUAUUAACUUUUUAAAAGUGGCUCGUUUUUAUACCUAUUUAAGCAUCUGGAAGGUCUCGGACUGUGAUGUGUGUCAGCCUCAGCCAGGGCUGACACUGUGGUGUGUCCCACGACAUCACUUCCUGUAUGAACAGACCUUCCACUUGGACUGUCACGCUGUCUGUCCUGUUUGUCUGUCAGUCUGUCCACUGGGACUCAGACACGACGCAAGUCCAGGCAUCCGUGUGUUUACCACAUGCCUGGGAUUAGGCCUUUUGUUUUUCGUUUGCCUUUAUUUUGGUGUGAUUUCAUAAGGGGUGACGGCGUGUCGGUCGCUGUUGUACAUAUUCUGACAAACGCUAAAAGGUCCAACAGUCCUGGUUUGGAACGCAGGGCUGUGUGCUUGGUCUGAGCUACAGUUUGGUGUGUGCGUCCUCUCUUCCUGUCGUCUUAGGGCGGAGAUGUUCACGUGUGGUCAUACCAUGUUUUCAUAACUCCUCAGUGUUUACAAGGUCCCAUCCUGUCAGAAUGUACGCCUGCACAGAGAGACUUUACUCUAGGUAUACAAUAAUGUUUCAGUUGGAAGCCACAGACGGAUGAUGAAACGGCUAUCCUCUCACUCCUGCCUGAUUCAUCCUGUGUUUGUUUGUUGUUCCAAGUACAUUUUAAAUGUGAACGUCAGAGACUCUGUUUCAGUGUGUAUAAAACGCCCACAAUACAAUGUUUCUUGUGCACUUGUUUAACAUUGUAAAGAAACGCAUAAUGCUGAUGUCUACUCUGGAGACCUGUAGAAUAUGUGUAUAUGUACAUUUCAAAAUGUAAUUAAUAUCUUUUGCUCGAACGUUGUCAAAUGUGAAUGAAUGUACAUAUAGGGAGAUCUGUUUUUUCUAAAUUUUGCUGUUGGGUAAGAAGUAAUUCUGGGUAAACUGUGAAAUAAUGUAACAUUUAAAUACUGUAAACAAGUGCUUUGAGAAAAAGAUUAAAGUCUAUACCCUUG